AUUAAUUAAUCUCAAUCUGGAUUGUGCAUAUAAUACGACAAGAAGCAGAAAAAAAAAAAGAAGAAGCACAUUGCAAUGGCAGGCUCAAGCUCCUAUAAUCCUGGAUACCCAACACUUGUCUGUGCCCCAAAUAUUGUUACAAUGAAGCUGAGUGGUCGGGACAACUAUGAUGCGUGGAGAAUACAGAUGUUAUGUCUCUUAGAGAGUCAUGAUAUGCUUCAUUUCAUCCUACCCACAGAGAACAGUAGUGUUUCGGGUGACCAAAGGUUGUGGAGAAGAUCAGAUGCAGUCGUCAAAGGCUGGAUUCUUGGUUCUCUAUCACAAAAACCACUCGAGGUCGUCGUCAUUCUUGUCAAAACAAACACAUAUAUCACUUCAAAAGAUGUAUGGGAUAAAUUGCACACUAUCUAUGGUCCUCCUGCUCUUCCUCUACAAGAUGCUGCAGCAGUUUACUUUAAUCGAUCCAAUUUCAUCAGAAAUAAAAGAAGUGGAAGAAGAAAAGAGAACAGGAAUCAAAGAAAUAAAAAAGAACAAAAGAAAAGCAUUGGGAAGAUUGUAUGCAGCUACUCUAAUCAUUUCCGAGAGUUAAGGAAAUUUUGAGACAAGGGGUUGUUACAUGCAGAUGGCAACACCGCACUCCAUGUGGCAGUGGGUACUACCAGUACUAACGAUGAGGAGUUUUUAAUUAAUAUGUUGAAUUUGGCUACACCAUCACUAGAUAUGAAAAAUUCAGAUGGAAGCACGCUGCUUCAUGUUGCUGCUAUUGUUGGCAACACUAAGGCUGCCGAGUUGUUGGUUGGAAGAAACCGUGAUUUGUUGUAGGGGACAACGACGGUCAAAGGCCACUAGCCAGAGCUCUUUCUAAUAUGCAUUUCGAGACGUCUUACUAUUUGUUGCGUAAAUUCUACAAAGUUUCUGAUCAAGACACAGAGAGAGACAGGUUUAGCGUCGCAAUCUUUUUGUGUAAAAGAGUAUAUGCCUUUGACUGAAAUUCACAAUGUGCUGAUGGCUAUAGCUCAAAACUUCCCAAGUAAACUAAACUUUUGGGAAAGAAUGUUUGAAGGGUCUACAUGCUCGUUUAUAAUUUUAGGUUAUAACUUCAAAUUGCUGUCCAGAUUCAAGUUUGUUGAAGCCAUAGAAAGAAAACAAAAAAAUUAUAAUGAUGCUAAGAAUCUAUUAAAAUAUAUGUGUCUUUUUAUAAAAAGUAAAACAGACGCCAGUUCUCACCAUGAACAUUACAUCAAUGCGAUUCUUGAAGCGACAAGACAAAAUGCAGACGAGGUUGUAAAAAUAAUUGUGUCUGAAUUACCAAAUGCAAUUUGGAGUACCAAUGAACAUGGACACAACAUUAUUCAAUAUGCUGUGAUCACCCGUUCAGAAAAGGUUUACAACCUACUAUAUCAGAUGAGUGGACACAAAAAUAUCUACAAGACAAUCAAAGACCCUUUUGGGAACAAUCUCUUGCAUUUGGCUGCUAGGUUGGCACCUUCUGACAAACUGAAUCAUAUAUCUGGUGCGGCUCUUCAAAUACAAAGUGAACUUAAAUGGUUUAAGGAAGUCCAAGAAUCUGCGUGGUCUCUAAACAGCAUACAAAAGAACUCUUCGGGAGAAACACCUCAAAUGGUAUUUACUAAAGAGCAUAAGGAGUUAGUGAUUGAGGGAGAAAAAUGGAUGAAGGAGACUGCACAAUCAUACACAAUUACAGCGGCCUUAAUCAUGACCAUUGUAUUCGCGGCAGCUAUUACAGUGCCAGGGGGGAACAAUCAAGACAAUGGGAUACCAGAGUUUACUAACAAAACUGCUUUCAAAGUGUUCGCAAUAGCAGAUGCCAUAUCGUUGUUCACAUCUGCUACAUCUUUGUUAAUAUUUCUGUCAAUCCUCACUGCACGAUUCUCUGAGCAAGAUUUCCUCUUCAAGUUGCCUACAAAGUUGAUGAUUGGUCUAACCACCUUGUUCGUCUCAACAACAGCCAUGCUCGUAGCUUUUGGUGCUACCUUAUAUCUUAUGUUUUGCCGGAACAACCCACGGAUGCUCGUUCCAGUAGCUGCAUUGACGUGCCUUCCCAUUGCUUGUUUUCUGACAUUACAGUUUCCACUCAUUAAAGACCUAUGGACCAACACAUAUGGUCGUAGCAUUUUUGGUAAGAAAAGUUAUCUUCCCUUCUAAUAAUAUUUGUUUUUCCUGUGGUAGUGUUGUAUGUGAAUAGCAAUGAUUCUCUUCUAUUGAACCCUUAUUAUUUUUAUGAUCAUCAUUACUUUGCUGGUUA